CAGGGUAGAAUGGAUAAGAGCGCGGCAUCGACUCACACAGCCCUCUCUGUGUCUGUGGCUGUGGCUGCCGGUGGGUCCCCAGAGACAACUCAGCCAAAUGUCAGGCCGCCGGGUUGGCUUCUGUCUCAGCGAUAAGAAACGCAGGAGGAUGAACCUGGACGCUUUUGCGGAGUUUUGUGCGGCUUGUGGAGUGGAAGUGGUGGAGAUUGACCUCACCCAGCCGCUGGUACCUCAGGGACCCUUCGACAUCAUUGUUCACAAGCUGUCUGAUGUCAUCGUGGAGGCUGAACACGACAUCCAGUCGCAGCAGCUGCUUGCCAACUUCCAGAGCUAUGUGUCAGCUCAUCCCAGUACAGUUCUCCUCGACCCCCUGCCGGCAAUGACCCAGCUACUGGACCGCUUUGCCUCUUAUCGGAUCAUGAGCAAGUUGCACAAUUCACUCCGAGACUGGCGCAUCUGCAGUCCUCCUUACUUAGAGAUCCACAGUGUCAGUGACCUGUCAUCCAUUCAGCAGGCAGUGAAGGCCCAGGACCUAAGCUUUCCUCUCAUUUGUAAAACUAGAGUGGCACAUGGCUCACUUUCCCAUGAGAUGUCUCUGAUCUUCAGUGCAGGCAGUCUGGCUGAUAUCCAUCCUCCCUGUGUACUCCAGAGCUUCGUCAACCACGGGGCUGUUCUGCACAAGGUCUUUGUGGUAGGGGACAAACACUUCUGUGUAGAGAGGCCCUCACUCAAGAACUUCCCCUCCGGUCCCUGUGACAGGAAAACCAUCUUCUUCAACAGCCAUCAGGUGUCAAAGCCAGAGUCAAGCUCUGAUCUCACAGCUCUGGAUGAGCAGAUGCCGUGCCUGCCUCCUCCCAGCUCCCAGGCCGUGGCCGCCCUGGUCAGAGAGCUCCGAGUACAGCUCGGCAUGGCCCUGUUCGGCGUGGACGUCAUCAUCAACAUACAGACGCACACCCUCACUGUCAUCGACAUCAACAUCUUCCCAGGAUACGAGGGAGUGCCCCAGUUUUUCUCCUCUCUGCUCAGCCACAUCGAGUCAGUGCUGGACAACCAGACCUCUGCUUGCCCCCAGGCUGCUAGCUCGUCUAAGACAAAACAGACUACAGGUGGUCCAUCUGCUGGACUGUAAGUCGCCUCAGGAGCAGAUCACAGAUUGUGAGGCGCUUCAUCAGCUUCCCAGGACAAACAAAAGUCACUGCUACAAGCUUUUAUUUACUGUUUGACUGUUUACUGGGAACAAACUCAGCUGACUUUGCUUCAAUUGUAAGAAGUUAUUUGUAAUUUGUAACAUGGCUUGAUUUUAAACUGUAUCCCCUGUAAAUAACACUAAUAAUUUUGUGCUUUUAAAUGCUUCCGUUUACAAGUUGAUGAAUCAAACCAAUGACACAUAAUGGUUUAAUCCACUUUCUUUAUUGAUUGACAGCUAGCAUAGAGGAAGAUACAGCAGGCA